AAUGAUAUAAAAAUUAAACAAGUGGGAUUGCAUAAUUGACCCUAUUAUCAAAAACAAUUAAUAGAUGUAAGUUACUAAUUAAUCAUUUUAGUGGAGGUAUAUAUCUGGCUGAUAUAGAUUGUGCAUUAAGCUAAGAAUUAUUAUAAUCCUUAUAAGUUGGAGCCUUGCUUAGUGUUAUUGAUGAACCUAAAGUAACUACUUCUCCAAAUAUCAUUCAUCAAGUUAUUAACAUUCCAGAUUGCACUGAAUAAAACAUUUAAGAAUUUUUCCCCAAAACCAAUGAAUUCAUUGAAAGGCAUAGAUAACAUACUAAUGUUAUGGUUCAUUGUUUUGCUGGGAUCUCUAGAAGUGCAUCAGUUGUUAUUGCAUAUAUAAUGCAAAAGUUCAAUUGGGGAUUUCAAAGAACUCUGAAUUCAGUUAUUGCAAGGAGACCUUAAGUCAAACCAAAUUCAGGGUUUAUUAAACAACUGAUUUAAUAUGAAACCUAGAAUAGAAAUAGAUCAUCCUCUUAAUAACAUAGAAUUCUUAAUACUAUCAAUACUGUAAUUGAUAAAAUGCCUUAUUAAUCAGAUAGUAAAAAUAAUAAAUACUUUUAACCAUAAAAAUUUGAUAUAAAUUAAUUGGAAAUGGAAAUUACUAAAAGAUAAUAAGAUUUAUAAAUAUUAAGGAUGAAAUAUUAAUAACUAAACGACAAAAUUGUUAAUAGAAACAAUGUCUACGUAUCUGCUUUUGAAUGAG